UCCCGCCGCGCCGGGUCCCGCCCGGUCGCGCCCACAGCCAACCUCGCCCGGCCACCGCGCCAGCCUCGGUGGCUGCCCGAAAGGGGGCGGGCGGAGAGGCGGAGCGGGGAGGAGCCGGGCGCGGCGCCGCGCUGUCCCUGGUCGCCGCCCACCCCGUUACACACAGCAUGUAAACAGUCCCCGCCGGGAGGAGCCCCGGGACUGGAGGGAGCCCGCGUCGCCCGGCCCCGCCGCCUGCCCGAGAGCCCACAGAGCCGCGCGCUGCCCGCCCGGGAGGAGCGCGCCCGAGGAGAGGAGGGCGGGCGGCGAAGGGAGCGGGAGGCGGGCGGCGCGUGAGGAGGCUGAGGGAGCAACGGGCGCGGCGGGCCAGGAUGGAUUUCCAGCAGCUGGCUGACGUUGCGGAGAAAUGGUGUUCCAACACGCCCUUCGAGCUCAUCGCCACCGAGGAGACCGAGCGCAGGAUGGAUUUCUACGCCGACCCCGGCGUCUCCUUCUACGUGCUGUGUCCGGACAACGGCUGCGGGGACAAUUUUCACGUGUGGAGUGAGAGCGAGGACUGCCUGCCUUUUUUGCAGCUAGCACAGGAUUAUAUCUCCUCCUGCGGCAAGAAGACGCUCCAUGAAGUCUUGGAAAAAGUCUUCAAGUCUUUCAGACCUUUACUGGGGCUUCCGGAUGCAGAUGACGACGCAUUUGAAGAGUACAGUGCGGACGUGGAAGAGGAGGAGCCAGAGGCGGACCACCCCCAAAUGGGGGUCAGUCAGCAGUAGACUUCCAAGGGCUCCCACCUGAGAAGGAGAGUGGGCCCUGUGGUACCCGAGGUGGGGUCCCAAGCUCCUGGGUUAGCAUUUUGCAAUAGCACUUCGAAACAGGACGUCUGACUCCCAGCAUCCAAAUUAAAAUGAAAUACCUUUUUAACGACCACACGAUAUCUGGGAUGAGCUUUGCUCAGAAGUGACCUGAAUUUUACUCCCGUUUCAGUGGGUCUCUAAUGGAGUUGUCUCGGUAGCCUUUGCCAUUUUGAAUUUAGAGUCCAUUUUGCGGCUGACUGUUCUCUCUUGAGUUUAUGUUGGAGAACUAACAUUUGCUGACUCAAAAGUAGAGAACUCUGAAUGUAUUAAGGAUAUGUUUUGAGUCAUCACAGGUGACAUUAUUGAGAGAAAGCAUGGCAGAGAAGAAAUGCAGUCUGCACUUUUUAUGUACCUUUUAAGCGUAUGUAAAUGGAAGGUUUUGCUUAUAAAGCAUGAGUUUUAAUAUCUAGUCAUUAAACUGCACAAGUGCAAAUACAAGGGCAGAAAAGGAGAAUUACUUAGUUUUGGUUUAAGAGGGUAAGAGAGGCAAAGAAGCCUUUAAGUGUUCUGCCAUUACUGAGUUACCUAGAUAUAUAGCAGCUGGUUCAUGGUUAGGUAGAAACAUUAUUUGCAUGUUCAGUUAUUUUAAAACAUGCUGAUUCCAAAGCCACUUUUAAAGUCUAAUAGUGGAGAAUAUAAAUGGGGUGACAUAAAUUAUUGAUUUCUUUAAAAUGUUUAUAAGCCACCCCACAUAUGAAAUGAAACAUUUACCUUCUCUCUUUAUAACAAGAUGGCAACUUGUUAAAUCAUGAAAACAUCCCAAAUCCAAGUGCCACUUAAACUUUGAAGCCAUAGAUGAAUUUAAUAGGAAAAUAAACCAGGAUAAAUUUUUUAAAAAUAUGAUGGAAUCCUUCUUUACUUUCUUAAUCUGACUUUUAUUCUUCAAAAAAAAGUCAAGAAAGGAUCCCACUGUAUAAUUUAUUUAAAAAUUGUAAUCAAGUGCUUUGAGGAACCUAACUGCAGUGAAGUUUUAAAGUCGUAUGAAAGUGGGAAUCUUUUAAUCGUGGGUUAGCUUGGUUCAGAAGGGAAGUUUUAAUGAUCAAAUAUUCAGACAACUCACAGAAACAACUACUAUCAUAACUGGAAACACUGCUGUCAUCAUUUAGCAACACACACUGAGGGGGGAAAUUCUUUGCAAUGCUAACAUGGAAUUAUUUAAAACAUUCAUUUUGCUUAGACCCUUCUGCAUCUCUGGUUCUAAUAAAAGAUGCAGAAUGCCUCUUUUACAACACUUAACAUAACAUCUGGGGUGGAAUUGUUUUUAACAUGCACACACAUGCCUGUUGGGUUGUCAAAGUUUUAGAUUAAAAAAAAAAGCAGCGGAGGCCACGGAGUUUACGGGAGUCUUGUAUAUCUUCCAGGCAUGUUGGUGUAAACCUGAUUAUCUCAACAUUUUCUGUUUAAUUGAUUGGUGCCGUGAGGAGUACAGCUGCUCGUGGUAAAAUGGUGUCCUACAGUUUUAAGUCAUCGGGUAAAAUAAUUUCGUGGUUUCGAUCCGUGCUUCAGUACCCAUGUUUUUUUCUUUUCUUGGAAAAACAUAUUAAAGGUUAACUUCAAGUGAAAUGAA